AUGGCUCCCUUUUUCGCCAAUCGAAGCUGUGACCCAUUCCAGCCCAAAGACCGUCCAUGUGAACUCGGCAACUACGUGAGAUAUGCAGUAGAUGCGUCUGGACCUGCGGACGUUCAGAAAACUAUUGCAUUCGCUGCCCAGAAGAACAUUCGUCUUGUCGUUCGGAACACGGGGCACGACUACCUUGGUCGCUCUACUGGCGCAGGUUCUCUGGCUGUGUGGACUCAUCACCUCAAAGACAUCACUCAUAUCCCGGCGUACAAAGGCUCAGGAUACAGUGGUGCGGCUUUCAAAUUUGGUGCAGGUGUCCAAGGUUUUGAGGCCAUGGCUGCUUCACGUGACAAGAAGCUUGUCGUAGUCGGCGGAGAGUGCCCUACUGUCGGUAUCGCGGGUGGCUAUGCCCAAGGUGGUGGUCACUCGGCUUUGAGUACUAGCUUUGGUCUCGCAGCGGACAAUGUCCUCAACUGGGAGGUCGUCACUGCCAAUGGAAAGCUUGUCAACGCAAACGCUCAAGAAAACUCCGACUUAUACUGGGCACUCAACGGCGGCGGUGGCAGCACUUUUGGUGUCGUUGUGUCCAUGACAAUGAAGGCCCACCAAGAACCAAAAGUCUUCGGUGGAGCGACCUUGUCAUUCUUCACCACAGAAAACCCCCAGGAAACCUUUUACGACGGCAUCCAGGCGUUCCACGAAGAGCUGCCCGCAAUGGUCGACGCAGGAUCCAUGGUUGUGCACUAUUUCACAUCAUCUUUCUUCAUGAUUUCUCCGCUCAGCGCGUACAAUAGGACCGCUGCCGAGGUGAGGACCAUCUUAGCGCCAUUCGCCGCCAGAUUGGACAAGUUGGGCAUAAAAUACACCGCUACAUACAGCGAGUUCAACACGUACUACGAGCAUUUUGACAAGUACUUCGGCCCACUUCCGCUCGGUAACAUCCAGAUAGGAAUCGCGCAGUAUGGCACUCGCCUCAUCCCACGCAGCGUCGUGAAGACCAUUCCAGACACCUGGAGAGCUAUUGUGGAGAAGGGCGUGACAUGGAUUGGUGUAGGAACCAAUGUCAAGUCCUUUGGGUCGCAGCAAACAACUUCUGUGCACCCCGCGUGGAGGGACACCAUUGUGCACGCUACCUUGACGCUGCCAUGGAGUUUCACUGCUCCAUGGGCGGAUGCAUUUGAAACUCAGGAGAAGAUGACCAAGGAGAUCAUGCCUUUGGUUGAGGCAGCGACGCCUGGUAGUGGCUCUUAUGUCAAUGAGGCUGACUUCCGUCAGCCGAACUUUCAGACGACCUUCUGGGGUGACAACUACAGGAAGCUGUCUAGUAUCAAGAAGAAGUGGGAUUCAUCUGAUAUGUUUUACGCGACAGUUGGUGUUGGCAGCGAGGCUUGGAAUGUUCGUAACGACGGCCGCUUGUGUCGCUCCACAUAG